AUGAGUGGACAAGUCGUUUUCCAAAUGCGCGUGGUGCUUGUAUUUUUACUGAGCUUUGGAGCACUUGCGAGAGCUCAGGUCUCCAUGAUCAAAGUCAUAAGGAGCAACAUCAGAAGAGAUGACCUGUAUCGAAAAGAGGUCAACAUCACUGUGACGCCGCCGGGCGGAGUCAUCAAUAGCCCACGUUUCCCCAACUCAUACCCACGCAAUUUGUUGUUGUCAUGGAGAUUGGUGUCGCCACCGGGAAGUCGGAUACACCUGGAAUUUGAUGUUCACUUUGGCGUGGAGGAGGCGGAGAACAAUGUUUGCAGGUAUGACUUUGUUGAGGUGGAGGACCAAUCUGAGACCAGCACUAUAAUUUGGGGUCGCUGGUGUGGACAGAAAGCACCGCCUAGUCUCAUCUCCAAAUCAAACGUCCUCAAAAUAACCUUCAAAUCUGACAAUUACUUUGUUGCAAAGCCAGGAUUCAAAGUCUACUAUUCAUUUCUGCCUGACACUUCUCUUCCUGCAUCUAAAAACAACUGGGAAGCCAUCACCAUGCCGGUUAGCAGUCCUGUUGGGCCAACGUCAGUCACAGAGGUUCCUCUUUCAUUAGAUGCCCUGGAUAAAACCAUUGCGGCCUUUGACACUGUGGAACAGCUUCUCAAAUCUCUGAACCCUUACACGUGGAAACAGGACAUGGACAGCAUCUACACGCAAACACAGAUUCAUUAUCGAGGAAGGGCUUAUCAUCUAGCAAGCCGGCAUAACAAAGUUGACCUGAAUCGUCUCCACGAUGACGUAAAGCGGUAUAGCUGCACCCCUCGCAAUUACUCCAUAAACCUGCGCGAGGAGCUUAGGGCCACCAACGCUGUCUUUUUCCCCCGGUGCCUGCUGGUCAAGCGCUGUGGCGGCAACUGUGGCUGUGGCACGAAUAACUGGAACAGCGGCUGCACAUGUCAGCCCUCAAAGACCGUGCUUAAAUUACAUGAGGUGCUCAAGUAUGCCCCGGAGACCACUCUGCAUCAGCGCCAUCGCAGGACAAGAGUACGCUGGGUCAUCGAUGAGAUCUUCCUCACACACCACGACAAGUGUGAAUGUUCCUGUCCCUUCCAGCCUCCUCGCUGA